CCAUUUCCCAACCCGUUCACCCGAAGACUAAUUAAUUCUCAGAAAGAGGAGGAAGAACAAGUGCUCUUCGUCGCCGUCUCGCCAACGUCUCGCCGACGUCCUUCCGAGAUCUCGAUCCUUAUCUCUACAUUCUUAGCGUGCCGAUACAAUUUUUUUCUCUGUUUAGUUCACCUCUCAAUCUUGUUUCCUUGUUCGAUCGCUUCUCCCUUGUUCGACAGCGGAAAUCUGGCGGGAAUGGGUAGCGACGCCAAGGCUGGAUCCUCGCCCCCACCUCAGAUCCGAUUCUGAUCCGAGAGGACCUCGCGUCACGGGGCCGAUUCAAUGGCGGGCGCCGUCUCGGCGCUGUUCCUCCUCGACAUCAAGGGCCGCGUCCUCAUCUGGCGGGACUACCAGGGGGACGUCUCUGCAGCACAGGCCGAGCGCUUCUUCACCAAGCUCAUCGAGAAGGAGGUCGAUCCGGAGUCGCACUCGCCGGUGGAGAUCGACGAUGGGAUCAGUUAUAUGUUCAUCCAGCACAAUAAUGUCUUCCUGAUGACGGCUGCGAGGCAGAAUUGCAAUGCGGCCAGCAUCCUCCUUUUUCUGCAUCGCGUCGUUGAUGUAUUCAAACACUAUUUCGAGGAGCUGGAGGAAGAGUCCCUGAGAGAUAAUUUUGUCGUUGUGUACGAAUUACUUGAUGAGAUGAUGGACUUUGGGUAUCCUCAAUACACAGAAGCUAAGAUUCUUAGUGAGUUCAUUAAGACAGAUGCAUAUAGGAUGGAAGUUGCACAGAGACCACCAAUGGCCGUGACAAAUGCGGUGUCAUGGCGUAGUGAAGGGAUACGUUAUAAGAAAAAUGAAGUGUUCUUGGAUGUGAUUGAAAGUGUAAAUAUACUUGUCAACAGCAAUGGACAGAUUAUUCGUUCUGAUGUUGUUGGGGCAUUGAAAAUGAGAACAUACUUGAGUGGAAUGCCUGAAUGUAAACUAGGGCUCAAUGAUCGGGUACUUUUGGAAGCUCAAGGGCGGACAGCUAAAGGAAAAGCUAUCGAUUUAGAUGAUAUAAAGUUUCACCAGUGUGUCCGCUUGGCACGGUUUGAAAAUGACAGGACAAUAUCAUUCAUACCACCAGAUGGGUCCUUUGAUCUAAUGACAUACAGACUUAGCACUCAGGUGAAGCCUCCAAUUUGGGUGGAAGCUCAAGUCGAGAGGCACUCACGAAGUCGUAUAGAGAUAACAGUUAAGGCAAGAAGUCAGUUCAAGGAAAGAAGCACUGCAACAAAUGUGGAAAUUGAGCUGCCUGCACCUUCAGAUGCCACCAAUCCUAACAUCCGGGCAUCCAUGGGUUCUGCUUCAUACGCUCCUGAAAAUGAUUCACUGGUCUGGAAAAUAAAAUCAUUUCCAGGCGGCAAGGAAUACAUGUGUAGGGCAGAAUUCAGUCUUCCCAGUAUAACUGCAGAAGAUGCUACUGCAGAGAAAAAGGCUCCUAUUCGUGUGAAGUUUGAGAUCCCUUAUUUCACUGUCUCCGGAAUUCAGGUUCGAUAUCUGAAAAUUAUUGAAAAGAGUGGAUACCAAGCCCUUCCUUGGGUGAGAUACAUAACGAAGGCCGGUGAAUAUGAACUUAGACUCAUCUAAAAACACUCAUCUGCUGUUGGACUUUCGGAAACAAUAUAAGACUUGAAGAUUUCAGGAUUCUAUUGCAUGGAUUCACCUCGAGUUUGUAGAUUUAUCAAUCAAAUGUUUGAUGUGUGCAUAGGGUGGUCAAUCAGCAAGUUGUUGGUUAAAUGAUUUUUUUAUUUUUUAAUUUUGGAAUGAUUGAUCUUCUUCUUCCUUGAGAGAAUGUAUCCAUAGCUUACAUACACUUGUUCCUUAUUCUUCUGAUAUAUGCAAGUAACAGAAAAUGUUUUGGGAUAUAA